AUGUCGUUCUUAAAACGGAAAAGCGUAGCCUUACUACGCCAACUUAAUUUGAAUCAACCUAGUGUAGAGGAACUGCACGCCAUAGAUCAUGCAGAGCUAACAGUGAGAUUGGAGCAGCUAGAUCGUAUUCAAGAUCAAUUCGAGUCAACGCAAUCUCAACUGGAAGAGGAAGACCCUAAUGAACUUGACGCCAACAAUCACGAUGAAUUUGCAGCCACGUUCAUUAGGAACAAGGCAGCAUUUACCAGAGAAUUAAACAAGGUGGAUUACCAACCAAUGUCGUCAACGGGGAAUCCACCACCUCAGGAGCAGCCAUCCGUCGUCAUAGUGAAGCAGCCAAGGUCGCGCCUACCAGAAUUACAGCUACCACAAUUUGGUGACUCUGAACUGUUGAAUCUGGAAAAAUUCCAGCAUCUACGAUCCUGCUUGAAGGGUGCAGCGCUGGAAACCAUUCAAUCUCUUGAAAUUCGUGAUGAAAAUUACAUAACUGCAUUGAACUUACUAGUUGAAAGAUUUGAUAACCGACAUUUAAUUUUUCAGGCGCUCAGACAGGGUUUGCAGUCGCUGGGCACAACCGAACAAAUAGCCGACUGUUUACUCCAGCACAUUACGGCACAGAAAUUGGAUGCGACCACGCAUACGCUAUGGGAAGAACGAGUAUCCACUAACAGACUGCCCCCUUGGACGGACACGGUUACUUUUUUGCAUAAGAGAUGCCAAGCAAUGGAAAAUGUGGCCCACGCUAUGGUAACGAAGACACCUAGCACUCAGACUGCUCAAAAAAUCUGCGCUGUCUAUAAUAAGCACGAUUACGUCGUCUACUCCUGUCCCGUGUUUGCCAGUAUUAGCCCGAAUGAAUGCUGGAAAAAGGCAAGAAACGUUAAAUUGUGUAUUAACUGCCUUAAACCAGGCCAUCAGGUGCAGCAGUGCAAAUCAUCUGCAUGUCGCCGUUGCUCGUUGAUGCACCACACUCUAUUGCAUUUUAAUCAGAUGGAUCAGACGAAUCUUAGACCACCUGAAGGAUAA